CUGGGGACCGCGUCUCCCCGCCCGUAAAGCCUCCGUUUGGCUCUGCCGCGUCUUCUGUCGUGUUGUGACCUGUAGCGACCGCAGUGCCCUAGGAAGGACUCGGGGGACCCAGGAGCCACAGAAAUGGACUCAGUGGCCAUUGAGGACGUGGCUGUGAACUUCACCCCAGAGGAGUGGGCUUUACUGGAUCCUUCACAAAAGAAACUCUACGGAGAUGUGAUGUGGGAAACCUUCAGGCACCUGGCCUCAGUAGGAAUAACAUGGGGAGAUCAUGAUAUUGAAGAUCAGUACAAAGACCAGAGGAGAAAAGUAAGGAAGCGUAUGGUAGGGAGACUGUGUGAAAAUGAAGAGGGUGGUCAGUGUGGAGAAAACUUCAGCCUUAUUCCAAAUCUCAGUGUGAACAAGAAAACUUUUGGAGCUAAACCAUGGGAAUGCAGUGCAUGUGGAAGAGUCUUCACGGAUCAUUCAUCGUUUAAGAUGCACAUUAGAUGUCACACUGGACAUAAAAUAUAUAACUAUCAAAAAUAUGGAGAGAAGCCAUAUAAAUGUAAAGAAUGUGGGAAAACCUUCAUUUAUCUCACUUUCCUUCGAAUACAUGAAAGAACACACACUGGAGAGAAACCCUAUGAAUGUAAAAGAUGCAGUAAAGCAUUCACUUAUUCCGGUUCUCUUCGAAUACAUGAAAGAACUCAUACUGGAGAGAAGCCCUAUGAAUGUAAGAAAUGCAGUAAAGCAUUCACUUCUUCCCGUGAUCUUCAGCGUCAUGAAAGAACUCAUACUGGAGAGAAACCCUAUGAAUGUAAAACAUGCAGUAAAGCAUUCAUUUCUUCCAGUUAUCUUCGAAAACAUGAAAGGAGUCACACUGGAGAGAAACCCUAUGAAUGUAAAAUAUGUAGUAAAGCGUUCAGUUAUAUCACUUCUCUUACAACACAUGAAAGAAGUCACACAGGAGCGAAACCCUACGAAUGUAAGUGUGGUAAAGCAUUCGCUUCUUCCAGAUCUCUUCAAAUACAUGGAAGAUUUCAUACUGGAGAGAAACCCUAUGAAUGUAAAAAAUGCAGUAAAGCAUUCGCUUCUUCCACUUAUCUUCAAAGACAUGAAAGAACUCAUACUGGAGAGAAACCCUAUGAAUGUAAAAUAUGUGGUAAAGCCUUCAUGUAUACCAGUUCUCUUUCAACACAUGAAAGAAGUCACACUGGAGCGAAACCCUACGAAUGUAAAAAAUGUGGUAAAGCAUUCACUUCUUCCAGUUAUCUUCAAAUACAUGGAAGAAUUCAUAAUGGAGAGAAACCCUAUGAAUGUAAAAAAUGCAGUAAAGCAUUUACUUCUUCCAGUUCUCUUGGAAAACAUAAAAGAAGUCACAGAGGAGAGAAAACCUAUGAAUGCCAGGAAAACAAGAAAGGCUUUACUUCUCAUGCAGACUUUUGAGGAUACGCACAAAUGCAAACUAGAGGAAAAACCAUGUAGAAAUAAACAUUUGGGAAAGACUUGUCAUCCCAGUUCUUCCCGAAGGCAUGAAAGGACUCACUUGAUAAAACGUCUUGAAUGUAAACAGCAUGAGAAAGACAUCAAUUGCCCCAUAUCCUUCUAUGUGAAACUCCCACCAAAGAGAAAUGUAAAUGUAAGUCAUGUGAGGAAGCUUCAUGGAAAUUAAUUUGUAUAUGAGCUUCUAGAAAACUUUCAACAUGAAAGAGUUGUGAUAAAAGUAGUAAAUAGAUUGUAUUUAUCAAGCCUCAUUCUUAAAGUGUAACACUGGACUGUGGAUUUGUAUUAAUUACUUCAGAAAUGAAUAUUGAGGUGAGAUGAUUCUGCUAGUCAUCCUUCAUAAAUAGUAAAUAAGAUUCAUAGGUAGUGCUUUUCCCUUAAAUCAGUUAAUUUUUAUCUUUAGUGUUUUUAUCAUGUUUUAAUUGUUCUGUGUUAAGGGGCCAUUGAAAAGUGACAGUUUGUAUUUGUUGUGAUUUUCUUACUGGCCUUGUAUUACAGUUCCUGGAUAUGUCUCAUCCAUUGUACAUAUUGUACAUGAUUUAGAGAAAGCUCCUUUUUGGGGGUGGUGGGUGGAGGAGCCUGUUUUUAUUUUCUGUACUGUUAAACACUUGGAAAAAAAUUUACGUUUGGCAGGUUUAUCCAAGAGUGUACUUCCUGUGAAUUCUUAGUUUCCUAUUUGGGCCUUUGUGGUUUGUCCUUGCUUCUGACUGGUAUUUGGUGAAUAGACUUUUAAUUAAGUAGAGGCCUGUGGCAGGGCAACAAAAUCUAGAGCUUGACACAUCACCCCUGUACUGCAUCAUGUCAGUGAGGGUAAUCUGAAGAGCUAGAUCUUUAACAAUCCGUCCCAUUGCUGGUUCCUUGUUGGAAUUCCCCAAUGGCCUCACUUGCGUGAGAUCUGGAAGGCAGAAGCACCCAAGGCCUUAGGCAGAUUUUCGAGCCACCACACAGGGAGGGAGACAGUUACAUAGGAGCUUCAGGGACAUCACCUUCCAUCCCUUUUUCUGGAUUCUUCACCCUUCUUGUCAAGAGUAUCUUGAAAACCAGCAAUAACUAGUUGAUUUCCAUUUUGUUAGAGGUGCAUUUUCCACCAGUUUCACAUCAAAGAUCCAUUGGAGUUAGGGUCUUUCUGUAAGGCCUCUUCUGUCCACCAGGAAGGUAAUUCAGACCUUUGUGGGUGGGAGUGUUCUCUGAUUCCCCUUUUCCCUACAUGAUAUCUGAAUACGGUCUGAUGUGUAUAGGAAACACCUUUGCUGUUCAUAGUGCUAGUGAGCACAUUUUCCUGCUUCACAUGGCAUCUCCAAUGGGACGUAAAAAGAACAACCUGUGAGUUUGUUUCUCUGCUUCCUGUGCAGCGGCUGCCUUCACCCAUUUCUUCCGUGUGAGAACAAUCACCUUUCUCACGUUGGGAAGACUCUGUGUGUUUCCUGUUACUUGUAGCUUGAAUGCAUUCUGUCGAUAUGUUCUCAGCAACCUUUGAGUGUACGUCAAUAAGACUGUUCAUCUGUUUGGGAAAUGAGCACUUCUGUAGUUGUUUCAUUGAUGUAUUUUAUCAACUGAUCCAGUCCAUCCUACGUUAAUAAAUAUUAGUGUGGAUUUCAUUUUUACAGAGUAUUAAUAUCCAUUUUUGAUCAUGGAUUUUCAGAUAUACUUUACAAUGUUCUUCAUUUAAUCAUUAUACAUUUUAAGUCAAUUUUAUCGUGUGCAGACCAAUUCAGGGAUUUCUUCCCCAGGCAAGCUAUUUCUUAUUCUUUGACAGUUACAAUUAUUAUCAUGAAAAUAAUUCCUCAUUCAUUUUUAAGCCAGAAGUUAACAAGCAGGGAUUUUUUUCAGUGCCCUCUUCCAGUGACCUGCAGGAUUGCACCUGCAGUCAGAGAGGGGUGUCAGAAAUUCUAGUAAGAAUGACCACAGCCCUAAAGGACCUUGAGGUGUAGCGGUAACAGUGCUCAAAGGACUUCUUACAAGAUUCUGGCCUGUGUUAGUGGAUUUGACUGCUAUUCAAGGAGGCAGGUUACUUUCUGUCUUCAGUGAUUUGAGGAGGUCAACUUAAUUCUAACUUUUGUCAACCUUUUUUUGGGGGGAACCGAAUCAUUGUUUUCUCCAAGGCAAAAACAAUGUAGUCAAGGAAAGUUAAUUUUUAAGAAGUUGCAAUCAGUCAUUUUAGUGAGAAGAAGGAAAAGACUCAUUUGUGAUUUGGACUUUUAUCCUUUAUCAUUUUUACCUCUAUGGUCACAAAAUACUCUUAGUUUUGUUUUGGAAACUGUGUACUUUUAAUAACCAAGCUGUCGGACCAUUUUCUCUUCAGCAGGGUAAGACUGGCCUUGCAGGGGAUGCAGCCAGCUCCUGGUCCUCUGGAACAGCUUUGCCUUUCCUACUUACAGUCAAAACACCGAUGUAUUUCCUGUGGUGAAUUGGACAAUGUUUACUGUGAAGUACCUCAUUUAAAUACAUAAAUUCUCUUCUUAGUAUCCUACGUAAUAUUUUCAGUAUCUCUUUUAGACUCAGCUGAGGCCUUUGAGUUUAGGUAAAUUGUGAGACAAUGCAAACCCAGCCGGGGAAAUAGGACCACUGUUCCACUCUGAAGCCUUUCCUUCUCUGAGACUGUGCUCUUGCUGGUACCGUCCCUCACAAGCCAUGCAGUAUGGAGUCAGUGUACACACUGUAGCAGAACUGAGAGACAGUGGGAUCUGGAUACAGAGCAUGAGACAGACAAGUCCUGGCAGUCCUGGUGCCCCCAUGUUUGUGGAAAAGCAGAAGUGAUGGACACAGUGAAGCUUUGUUUUAUAGAAUAGAAGGAAGGCCUUUGAAGAAAAGUAAAGAAUAGCAUUGAGCUAAUAGGGAGGCCGAGUUGUGUUUAUAUCUUUUCUAUGAGGGUAGGAGUGAGCGAGGAUGCCAUUAUUGUUAUCUGGGACUUGAGACUUCCUACUGAUCUAAGCCACAGAUAUUUGUAUUGUCCUUUGUUUUUGAUGUCCUUUGACAGGAUUUUUACAUUACCAUUAAAUAUUUAAAAUGUUA